AUGGGCCACGGGCCCGCUUCCAAGUGCGUCUGCGCGCCGGCCACCCACGUCGGGUCCUUCAAGUGCCGCUUCCACCGCACCAACUCCCAGGGCCACAGCCACGACCAGGGCCAGGGAAGCCGCAUUUCUUCGCCCACUUCACCAGCCGCGGCCAACGCGGUGCCGCGGCACCCGGCCUCGCCGUCCUCGUCCACUGGCACCGUCGCGAUCCAAUGA